UCUGUUUGGAAAAGUGGUCUAUAUUCUUGUUUCUUGUUGGAUGAAGUAACCGACUCUUGAUUAAAAGCAAGAGUGCAUAAAAUGUGGUAGCUAGAUAUUCUAUGCUUCUUAGAUGUUAUCCUCUGGCUGAGGCUACGUUCUUCACUGAGGCUACGGUCUUCUUCAUCUUUCUAACCAAAUAAUGAGAGUUCUCUGGGCUUGUGUGCUAGUUGGCUAGGCCAAGCCCUUAUCUUCCUCUCUCUGUCUGUGCAUCACAUUUUUUACAAAGGUUUUCUCCAAAAAGAAAAAAUAAAUAAAUAAAGAAAUGUUAUUUUUGGGGGCGGGGGUUUGGGCAGCGCAGACUGCUUAGUGACAUGUUUUCCCUAAAUAUUGGUAAUGUUUUUAUGUGGUAGAAAAAGUCUAUGCCUAAUUGGAUGUGUUUUUUGUAUGUGUAGGCUACUUUCGAUUGUCUUCUGAAGAUGUAUGGUUUCCUGACUCCUGAUUUCUGGAGGGAGACACGCUUCACAAAGUCUCCUUUCCAGGAGUACACAGAUUUGUUGACAAAGCCUACAGCAAAGGCAAUCAUAUUUGAAGAGGACAAGUUGGAGUAGAUGUGUCACAGAAGGUCCCUUUUCUGGAUGAUUUUUUGUCUCUCUUCAUCCCCCCCUCACCUUUCCUUUCUAAUUAGAUCUAGAUUACAACUAUUAUUCUAGACGGCAUGACCCGAUUACAUAUUUUGUUUUCUGCUGAGCAACUUGUUUCUUUGUUCUCUUGCUUUGGUGAAUGUCUGUUGACUCAUUUCAUCUUGAAUAAUCCUAGUUUUCAUGCUUCUUAAUUUGGUUCUAAAUGUUGUUGAGAUGAUGAUGAAAGGGAAUGAAGAAAUGAAUGUUGCAGUUGGAGUGGGAACUAAAUGUAAAGAAGAUGUUGAAGACGAUGGAGAAAGAGAUUGCUUAGAGAAGGUGGAGAUGGAGGUCCACAACCAGAAGCAGAAUCAGAAAAAACUUGUUAGGCUUGACUCACUUGAUCAAGAGGCCUCUCAUAUCUCUGGAAUGGCGACCAAGACAACCAAGGCACUGUCCAUAGCUGCUGUGAUGAAGCUUGCCUUCCAAAGCAUAGGAGUUGUAUAUGGAGAUAUUAGAACAUCUCCUUUAUAUGUAUUUGCGAGCACUUUUACAGACAGAGUCCCAACUAGUGACAACAUCAUUGGAGCUCUGUCUCUCAUCAUCUACUCUCUCACACUCUUUCCACUCAUCAAAUACGUAUUCAUCUUCCUCAGAGCCAAUGAAAACGGCGACGGUGGAACCUUUGCAAUGUAUUCAUUGAUUUCCAGGCAUUCGAAGGUCAGUGCUAUCCCAAACAGCCAACAAGGGGAAGAUGAGAUGAACCUUUCUGCUUAUAAGUUGCAAAUCCCUACAAAGCAUUUGAAGAGAGCUGAGAAGAUCAAAGCAUCUCUGGAGAGAAGCUCCUUUGCUAAAACUGCCCUUCUAGCUGGAUUCCCAUCCAAGUACUUAUUUCCAAGUACCAAGGGGUGUCAAUCAAACGAUUUGAUUCCAAGUACUUAUUUCCUAUUUUUAUCGUCUAUUAUAAACAGCGUGGAAGAUUUGUAUAUAGACUUUAGAUAUGAAUAUUUGGGAAGGAUGAUAAGUAUCAUUUUGUGUUUGGUCUUGGAUGUGCACUCCCAAGGGCAAAUUUGUCUUAAACAUCAUGCAUGCUACUAGGGAAGUGAUUAUUGAGAUUUAACAAUGAGAAUGUUGAUUUUGGAGGAGGGGGUAAUAACCUUGAAGCACCUAUAACAAUGCAAUGUGGCAUGUGGGUAUGGUAAUAUUAAUGUAAUAAUUAUACUGGGUGCUAUAGAAAAGAUCUAUGAAAUUCACCUCAUUUUUCACCAAACAGAUAGUUGAAUUUAACAACAGAGAAGAAGAAGAAAUGAAUACUUGAAAUUAACACAUAACAAAUAUACACUUGACAUAAUUUGAAAUAUGCAUAGCUAAUUUCCAACUCUGCUGGAACUAACACUGAACA